ACCGGAAGUAAGUUCGAAUCCGAGUGACUCUACCACUCAAGCCCAUGACAAAUCGUGCAGGCGGGCUAAUGGCUAACAAGUUGACUGAAUAUAAUGGUAGAAUUUAUAUAGUAGAAAGCAUACCGCGAAUGGUAAAGUUAUUUUUUAACUAUCCAAACUUUACUACCGGACCGCCAUGGCGCCGCUGAACUGAGGAGCACGCGAGCCAUCGCCAGCAGGACCAGUGAACACGCAGAAAUAACAUUAAAACGUCGUCAGCUAACAGUUAGCAGACAGACCGACGUCCCCGAGGACCGACUGAAUAUUUACACCCAGUGGUUUCCUUCCGUUAACCACAAGGAAAACCUCCCGGGAGACCACCAGCGAAGCAGCGAAGAAAUGUGGUCGUCAGAGCGGCACUGACAGGCCUGACUCUGGAUUAACACGACCAUGGAGUCCUCCUCUGAGUCCCAGCAGGAGCCUGAGAAGACUUUGCACCAUGCAGAGUUGAGAGAGCAUCAUGCCACCUCCGCUGUCGUAGUGUGCGGUGAUGACACCGUCCUUCUGACCCCAGGCAGGAUGAGCCAGCGCCAGGUGAAGGAACGGGACAAGGAGAGGGAGAAGGAGGCAGGCCUCCAAACGCCCAGCAGGGAGCACGUCGCCAGCCCCUCCACCCUCAGCCCGGGGGUCAGCUACAGCCACGGUUUUGAGCGAGGGAAGGAGGACCUCUUGCCGCUGCCUUUGAAAGAGGACUCGCACUCCAUAUCUAAGAGCAAGUCUGAAACAAAGCUGUACAAUGGCUCAGACAAAGAUGUGUCGGCAUCUGGAGGAAAGCUCACCAAAAAGGAGUCCCUCAAGGUGCAGAAGAAGAACUACAGGGAAGAAAAGAAGAGGGCCACCAAAGAGCUGCUCAGCACCAUCACUGAUCCCUCGGUUAUUGUCAUGGCCGACUGGCUGAAGAUUCGUGGCACUCUGAAGAGCUGGACCAAGCUGUGGUGUGUGCUGAAACCAGGCGUGCUGCUCAUCUAUAAAACCCACAAAAACGGCCAGUGGGUUGGAACGGUGCUGCUCAACGCCUGCGAGCUCAUCGAGAGGCCCUCUAAGAAGGACGGCUUCUGCUUUAAGCUCUUCCACCCGCUGGAGCAAUCCAUCUGGGCCGUCAAGGGUCCUAAAGGAGAGGCAGUUGGCUCCAUCACUCAGCCAUUACCCAGCAGCCACCUCAUCUUCCGUGCUGCCUCUGAAUCUGACGGUCGAUGCUGGAUGGACGCCUUAGAGCUGGCCCUGAAGUGCUCCAGCCUGCUGAAGAGGACCAUGAUCCGCGAGGGCAAAGAGGAUAUGAGCACUGUGGCCACAGGCGGAGAACACUCCAUUAAUUUCUACAGCCUCCUCCGAGCUCAUAAUAUCCACGGUUUCCAGUUCAAUGACAGCGACCAUUUGAAAGACCCUGACCUGUACUCAGACAAGUCAGACAGGGAGGGGGAACAGGACCACGAGGAGUCUGACCCAGAGGGCCUCGAGAAGAGCGAGGAGAGCGACAGCGACACGUCAGAGCGCCAAGACGAUUCGUACAUCGACCUGGACCCUAAUGAACAUCUGCGUGAAACCCCGUACCUGGAGCAGUCCCACGAGGAGCUCGGAGAGGCUGGCGAGGCUGCCCAGACAGAGACAGUAUCAGAGGAGAAUAAAUCUCUGAUCUGGACUCUGCUGAAGCAGGUGCGACCUGGCAUGGAUCUGUCCAAGGUGGUGCUGCCCACCUUCAUCCUGGAGCCAAGGUCCUUUCUGGACAAACUGUCCGACUACUACUACCACGCUGACUUCCUAUCAGAGGCUGCAAUCGAGGAGAAUGCUUACAACCGGAUGAAGAAGGUGGUGAAGUGGUACAUCUCUGGAUUUUACAAAAAGCCUAAGGGGUUAAAGAAGCCUUAUAACCCCAUUAUUGGAGAGACAUACCGCUGCAUGUGGCUUCACCAGAAGACCAACAGCAAGACCUUCUACAUCGCAGAACAGGUAUCCCAUCAUCCUCCAGUGUCAGCCUUCUAUGUCAGCAACAGGAAAGACGGAUUCUGCCUGAGUGGCAGCAUUCUGGCCAAGUCCAAGUUCUAUGGAAACUCCCUGUCAGCCAUAUUGGACGGCGAGGCGAGGCUCACUUUCCUCAACCGAGGCGAGGACUACGUGAUGAACAUGCCCUACGCUCACUGUAAAGGCAUCCUGUACGGCACGAUGACCCUGGAGCUGGGUGGUCAGAUCACCAUCGCAUGUGAGAAAACGGGCUACAGUGCUCAGCUUGAGUUCAAACUGAAGCCAUUCCUGGGCAGCAGUGACAGCGUCAAUCAGGUCUCAGGAAAGAUCAAGCUGGGAAAGGAGGUGUUAGCUACACUAGAAGGCCACUGGGACAGUGAGAUCUUCAUCAAUGACAAGAAGACGGGGACAGUGGACACGUUCUGGAACCCGACGCCGGAUCUGAGGCAGAGUCGACUGACCCGCUGCACCGUCCCACCAGAGGAGCAGGGUGACCUUGAAUCAGAAAGGCUGUGGCAACACGUGACCCGGGCCAUCAACAACAAGGACCAGACCGAGGCCACCAACGAGAAGUUCAUCCUGGAGGAAGUUCAGAGGAAGUCCGCCCGCGAACGCAAGGCCAAGUGUGAGGAGUGGAUCCCCGCCCUGUUCGAGCAGGACCCCGUCACUGGAGAGUGGCAUUACAGAUAUGCCGACACGAGGCCAUGGGAUCCGCUCAACGACCUGAUCCAGUUUGAGAAAGAUGGCUGUAUCCAGACCAAGGUCCGACACCGCACCCCUAUGGUACGUUCUGGCAGUCUUAUUAGUCUGAGUAACCAGGGGCCGCGGAGGGACAAUUGCAAGUGCCAGGUAACGGUGCCAAAGAGGAAACACAAGAGCGACAAACCCAAGAGCCCAGAGAGCGGCUGCUCGUCACCCGAGCCCGACCGCCAAGACUCGUCCGGCAGCGAACGACACAAAAGCAAGCAUAACAGCCGGCUGAGGAAAAAAGGAGCCGACCUCAGCGAACUUCAAAGUGCCAUUGAAUCUAUAAAGAAGACGCAGGAGGACAUAAACAGGAGCGUCAGUGUGCUGCGGAGUCGCGCAGCAGGCCGGACAGAGGGUGGCUCUUUCCUGCAGCAGCGCGACUACGUCAUCAUCGCGUUCCUCAUCCUCCUUCAGGUCGUGAUCAACUUCGUCUUCAAGUAGCAGCCAUAGCCCCCAGAGAGAGUGAUGCCGUCACACACACGAGCACUCCCACUCUCUGCGAACUUAAGGCAUCACAGCAGCGGGGGAGGAGGGACUUAGAGACGAGAACUCUGACCUCUCACAAUAAGUGACUCGAACAGUUUCCUCCCGCUCUCUUCUUCUCUGUCUUUAUCGAGUCCAACCACACACGCGUCCAGAAAAAAUGGAGACUUUCACACACAAAAAAAGAUACUUUUUUUAAAACUUUAUUUUUAACCUGUCCAUUCCAAAACUCUGGGGAGAUCCACAGAUUUCAAAGCGGGGAGAAGCGGCGAUGAGGAGAGAUUGCUGAAGGUGAGGUGUGGUGUGAUGAAGUCUCGACUGCCACUCUGGAGCCUACUGAUUUGCCUUGAUGUAUGAGGCAAAGACAGCAGCCAUUUUUUUUUUUAGCUGUUUGUUUUUGUUUUUCCUCUCUGAUGGAGUGAAACUACUCUGUUGAUUCACAUUUCACCUCAAACAACAGGGAACUUUUUAACAUGGAGAUGAGUACCAUGACUCAGAUGGUGACACAGAUUUAAAAAAAAAAAAAAAACGACAAAAAAAAACUUUAAUUUUAAUGAUUUCUUUUUUAUCAUUUUCUUUCUUUGCUUGGUGUGUCCUUCAUGAAUAGAGGUCUGCUUGGAACAAAAAGCGGUGAUAAGGGAGAGAAAAACAAAAGUGGUCCAAUUUAUGUGACUUUUAUUUUUUUAUUGUCAGAUACUUUCAUAUCGGCUGGGGUUUCCACGCAUGGAAAUGGACGGAGAGGACAAAUAACACAAGCGAUAUGUCUAAAGGAACAGAAGCUAUAAUUUCUGCUGUAUAAUAAGAUACAAGUUGACCUUUUUGCAUACAGAGUCGAGAAAAGAGUCAAACAUUUGACGCUGUCAUUGUAUACUGUAGGUAGCAUGUACAGACAGAGGCGUUGUUAGCACAUUAGCCCUAUGUACAGUAUUUUGUCCUAAGGCACAAAUGCACUGGAAACAUCAGUUGUUUGUGUUUUUAACAUGGUCAUCAUUUUUAUCAGUUGAACUUGCACUAAAGUGGACAACAAAAUUCUUUUACAUUUCUGCUCUGAAGUGGAUCGGAGCAUCAACAGAUGGUUGGAUAAGAUGAUUUUUAAUGAGCCUCAGUGACCACUGCCCCACUGUAGUUUCAGAUGAAUGGUGAUGAUAUGUUUGUAGUCAAAGUGAUGUCAUCUAAAAACUGCCUUCUUUGACCUAAUGGCCAGUGAAAGAAGUAGAAUAGGAAACACACGUAUUUGCUUUCUUGCCGAGAGUUCGGUGAGAAGAUGGAUACCACUCAGCCAGCACCAGGUUAGCUUAGCUUAGCAUAAAGCCUGGAAGCAGAGGAUUGCAGCUAGCCUGGCUUAAGGGAGAGUUGCGUGAAGGGCUAUAUCUUAUCAUCAUCACAAGCUUGUUGGGCAACCAGCAAAGCUUUCAAGAUGAGACCAUGCCCAGCUAAGCAUGAGUACGGAACAUACAGCCUGUAAAACCACACCUUGUCGUGUUUUUAAAGAAUUAAAUAAAUAACAUAAAAUGUGUUAUUUACUGAGAUUUAGAAGUGUUGUUAGGUGGAUUUUGGUACGUAUGGACGGACUCAGUGCAAAGUUAAGCUAACUGGCUUGAUACAGUGAAAUUACUGUAGACAGAGUGGUGUCAAUCUUCUCAUCUGACUAUUUGUAAAGUGCAUUUCCCAAGGGACUGUCCCCAAAAAGGAAAAUUCAGUCAUUAUGUACUCGCACUCAAGCCGGUGGAAAGUCACAUAGUCAACAACAGUAUUUCUGGAGCUUCACAACGGAACAGCAUUGCAGCGUUCUCCUAUACAACUGAAGUAGAUGGUGACUCGUUUUAAAACCUAGAAAGCCCGAACAUCCUACGAGACCUUCCACCCAGUUUAGUAGUUAAACUGAAUUUUCAUUUUUGGUAAACUCAUCCUUUACUAAUUAUAAAAACAGAUCAAGCCAUGGAAGAAAAGACCUUUAACACUCCCCUCAGCAGCUCACUUCAAGUCAAAUUCAGAGCGUCGAUCAUCGCUUCCAGUGUUUUUGCGCCUCAGAUGUUCUCCAGGCUAGCUAGGAUAGACACUUUAGUAAGCUACUAGUGAGUGAGUGGAGGAGAUAGACUUUUUCUAAUUACUACUAUCACCAUAGUAAACCAUUCCAAAUGUACGCAAGUACCAGCCAAACUCAGUGUGUAGAGUAGGAGUCGGCGCCCGUUCACUGUGUACAUAUCCAACGGGGCGACUUGUUCCUCGCGAGUAGCGCGUGGCGUUUUCAACACCAAGGUUCGCAAUACAGACACUCCCGCGCUCUGUGCACAAGCCAGUCUUUUCAGCCUUGUGUGUCUUUCUGUCCACUGCUCUGUAGAUACACAUGGACAUGGCAAAAUAUAACAAAGUGAUUAGUGGGGUACACGAUUAGAUUCCCGGUGAAGGUGUAUCCAAAUGGUCUCAAGAAGUUGCUGCUAUUCAGCAGGAGUUUGAUAGUUGAAGAACUUCUUGGAGAUUUUGACAGUAGUUUGUAUACAUUAUGGUUCCGAUCAGUUGCCUUCGUCAUUGGGAACAAGAAUUUAGACAUUUUGACGAAACACUGGGUAACGUUCAAAAGUAAACAGCGGAUAUAACACCCUAAUAAUAUGCAGGCUUAUGAGGACCAUAACUUAUGAGGACCUCUUGAGUCGAGGGCUGGUUUUGCACUCUUAUACAGAAAAACAAACCGAAACUCUGGUCCCCAGCGAUCAAGUUUGCAAACAGAAAAGUUAAUUUGGGCCGCGUAUGUUUUCAGUACCAGCGGGGAUGAAGGCAUCAUAUAAGAACCUGUACCUGACCUUUUUAACCACACAGUCUGUCAGCAGUUUCUCCUAAGAUCGCGGUAACUAACAUACUAAUCGAGGCAAUUCGAAAAAAAAAAACAAAAAAACAAAACCUGCUUAUGGACCACAUUUGAAUAUUGAUUUUGUAUUUCUAUUUGCCUGUUAUGGUGUUAGCCUUGUCGACGUUUACAUAUCCAAUUGCCUCUGCCGUCAGCUGACUGUUGAGCGAUGAAAACCUUGUAACGCUAACACAGGUGUAAAGAAAAAAAAGGAAAAAAAAA